AUGCAUACCACCGAGAUCCCAAGCAGGGAAGGCGAGAAAUAUGUCGUCGUCAAAGCCGAGCAAGAAGCUAUCACCCCCACCCAAGCAUCAAGCGAUGCCGAUCAGGACGAAGAUAUUAAAUGUCCAGAGAUUCUGUACAAAGUGCAGUAUAAGGAUAUGGGUGGUGAGAUCAAGGGAACUAAAGAGCUGGCAGCACCAUAUAAGUUGAAGAAGACUACUUAUCGUGAUUCGGAAAUACCUAUCCUAGAAGUCCUAUAUAGUGUCACUAUUUGGUUCCCUACCAUUUAUGCCAAGAAACAUGGCAAGAAGGAUAAAGAUGAUGAUAACGCGGAUUCAUCAGAUCAGAGAGAUGAAAACGACUUCGAUGAACGAUCCAUGGAAGAGAAAGAACUCAUCAUUCAUUCUUCACAUAUCAUGAAGGCCUUGAGAUCUAUUGUCGAAUAUUAUCCAGGACAAUCUUUGAUCGGAGAUACCAUAUCGAUCAAGGAACCUUAUGGAAUUCUUGUUCACUACCGAAAGGAACUUCAAGAGUACAAAGAGAAGUGUGAUGAUGUAGAAGCUGUUCACCAUAUCAGUGUCCUUCAAAAGUAUCUCGAGGAUAACUUUGAAGAUAAGUUGAAAUUGGAGGAUGAUCGACAUGCCAGGGCCAAUCCGGUCGUAACAUUCGAAAUGUUAUGGAUGCUUUUUAAGCCAGGAAUGGAUGUUUACGCCGAAUUCGAUGAGCAACGCGCCGGAUUCGUUAUCCAGGGCUGCGAAAAUUCCACUGAAAACAUCAAACCAGGACAGCCAUCCCCCCUCAAAGUCAAAAUGUGGUAUCUAGAUUUCGAUGGCCGAUUUGUUGGACGUCGAUCCCACGAGGUUGCCAUCGCACCCUUUGAAGGCGAGCGCGAAAUUAUAUCUUUGAAAGUUAUUCCUGCCCAUCACAUCGAUAGUAAUCCCGUCAUCUCUCCACGAACACAACUUGAAGAUCGCGGCGAGAAAUUCUAUAGUAUGUUGAUGGGCAAACAGAUGGACUAUAGAGGUUUCAGCAUGCCAGUUGAGCAAAAGCCAAAACGUUUCCACGAAGGCCGUAUUGUGGUUGAUCAAAGUGCCUUCUACACAUACGCCGACUGGCAAGAGACACAGAAACAUCCAGCUCCAGUCCUCGGUAUCGAUGACGACGAAUCUGGUAUUCUAGCAGACUUGCACUAUAACUGCAAUUGUGCAGAAUGUGAUUCCAAACGUCAAGCUGCAUCCGCCAACACUCGCUGGGGCAAAUACGAAAAUAUCGAUCCACGCGAGACCCCUUCCCUUUCCGAGACCGACACAAAUGGACUUGUUUCUCGACACAAGUAUUUCCUCUGUCCUCGUCGCAUCAUGGGUUUCGAUCUCAAGUCUAAGAAAUGGCAAGCUCUUGACGUUGACUGCUGUCAACCCCCCAAAUUCUACACUUCGGCUAUUGAGAAUCUGGUACUGCCCAACGAGAAACAGGAGAUGAUCAAAGCACUCGUUCACAAAUACACAUCUUCCAGAAAAGCCGGCAAGAGUGCACAAACCUGGUCUGCGGACCCUAUCCCCAAUAAAGGCGAGGGUCAAAUCUUCUUGUUACAUGGUCCUCCCGGUGCGGGGAAAACAUACACCGCAGAAUGUGUAGCCGAAUUCACAUCACGACCCCUUCUAUCCCUCACCUGUGGUGACAUUGGAACCGACGAAUUCCGCGUCGAGGAAUCCCUCAGUAAAUGGUUCAAACUUGCUGAGAUCUGGGGUGCCGUCAUGCUCAUCGAUGAAGCCGAUGUAUAUCUUGAACGCCGCGAAGUUUCAGAACUAGCACGCAAUGGACUUGUCUCUGUCUUCUUGCGCGCCAUGGAGUACUACUCUGGCAUACUUUUCCUAACCACCAAUCGUGUGGGCCAUUUCGAUCCCGCGUUCUUCAGUCGCAUCCAUGUAUAUAUUGGAUAUCGACCCCUCGACGCCGAAGGCCGCAAGAGAAUCUGGCUCCAAUUCUUCAAGAAACUAGAGAUAGAACGCGCAGAUGAAAUCACGAUCAAGAGUGCAGCAAAACGAUAUAUCCUAUCAGACGAUGUACUAAAAGAUAUCGAGUGGAACGGAAGAGAAAUCCGCAACGCGUUUCAAACGGCGGUGGCGCUGGCAGAAUACGAUGCAGAGACGAAGCUGGAGGCAGACAAAGAUGGGAAAUUGGAGGUAGAGUUGAGACAGGAUCAUUUUGAGAGAGUGGUGGAGAUGAGUGAUAAUUUUAAGAAAUAUUUGGCGACGGUGGGUAGUGAGGAGGUGGCGGGUCAGACGGAAAUGAUGAAGGCGAAGAAAAAUGGUGAUAGAGGUGAUGAUGCGCUUUUGUGA